AGCCGCCAUCUUGCUUCUUUUUCUCGCUCGCUAUUUCCCUCUCGAGAAGGAGCGAAAGUGUUUUGGCGGUUUGUCCAUCCGCAGCUUCGGAUCUCUGGGGCCCGGGGUCCUUCCAGCCGCCCCCUACCCCUAGUUUCCCCUUCCCCUUCCCCCUAUAAGAGCUCUGCGGAGCCCCUGGAAGCGCGGAAACACACAGCUUGACACUCAUCCUGGCCGACUGGUUUUAAGGGGUGUGGCAGGACGUUCUGGACUCGAUGAGUUUCCACUGAAAUGUCGGAGAAGUCAGGCCAGAACACAAAAGCAAAGGAUGGGAAAAAGUAUGCGACACUCAGUUUAUUUAAUACUUACAAGGGUAAAUCAUUAGAAACUCAGAAAACUACAGUUGCAGCUCGGCAUGGAUUGCAGAGUCUUGGAAAAGUUGGUAUUUCACGGCGUAUGCCUCCACCUGCUAACCUCCCAAGUCUCAAAGCGGAAAACAAAGGCAAUGAUCCUAAUGUGAACAUCGUACCUAAAGAUGGCACAGGAUGGGCAUCAAAACAAGAGCAACAUGAAGAAGAAAAAGCACCAGAAGUUCCACCAGCACAACCAAAACCUGGGGUUGCAGCUCCCCCAGAAGUAGCACCUGCUCCCAAAUCAUGGGCCAGUAACAAGCAAGGUGGGCAAGGAGAUGGAAUCCAGGUGAAUAGUCAUUUUCAGCAAGAAUUUCCCAGCCUGCAGGCAGCUGGGGAUCAAGAAAAAAAAGAAAAAGAAUCAAUUGAUGACAGCUAUGGACCUGGACCCAGUUUACGCCCACCAAAUGUUGCUUGUUGGAGAGAUGGUGGUAAAUCUGCUAGUUCGCCUUUAACAUCUGACCAAGAUGAAAAGUCUGGCCAGGAUGAAAGCACAGCUGGAACAUCAGACCAAAAUGAUAUCCUCAAAGUGGUGGAAAAGAGGAUAGCUUGUGGUCCUCCACAGGCUAAACUGAAUGGACAACAGCCUGCCCUUGCUUCCCAAUACAGAGCUAUGAUGCCUUCUUACAUGUUUCAGCAGUAUCCAAGGAUGGCCUAUCCUCCUCUACAUGGUCCCAUGAGGUUUCCACCUUCUUUAACUGAAACAAACAAAGGCCUUCGAGGAAGAGGCCCACCUCCUUCAUGGGCCUCUGAGCCUGAACGCCCCUCCAUCCUUAGUGCAUCAGAGCUGAAGGAGCUUGAUAAGUUUGAUAACUUAGAUGCUGAAGCUGAUGAAGGUUGGGCAGGUGCUCAGAUGGAAGUAGAUUAUACAGAACAGCUGAAUUUCAGUGAUGAUGAUGAGCAAGGAAGUAGUAGUCCUAAAGAAAACAGCAGUGAGGAUCAAGGUUCAAAAGCCUCUGUAAACACUGAAAACCGAAAAGAAGCAGAUGAAGUUUUCAACACUAAGUCAUCUUCUCAGAUACCUGCCCAUCCAUCAGUAGCAAAAGGUCCCUAUGGGAAAGGACCUCCACUUAAUCAGGAACGUGGACCAUCGUCACACUUGCCACCACCUCCAAAGUUGCUUGCACAGCAGCAUCCUCCUCCAGACCGACAGGCAGUACCUGGAAGACCAGGCCCUUUCCCCCCUAAGCAACAGGUCCCAGAUGAAGAUGAAAUAUGGAAGCAAAGAAGAAGACAACAGUCAGAACUUUCUGCAGCAGUGGAACGUGCUCGUAAACGGCGUGAAGAGGAAGAGCGAAGAAUGGAAGAGCAAAGGAAAGCAGCAUGUGCAGAGAAGCUUAAACGAUUAGACGAAAAGCUUGGCAUAGUGGACAAACAACCCUCUCCAGAGGAAAUUAGAGAAAGGGAGCGAGAAAAGGAACGAGAACGUGAGAAAGAACUUGAAAAAGAACAAGAAUGGGAGCGAGAGAAGGAGCGGGAAAAAGAAAGGGAAAGGCAACAGGAGAAGGAAAAAGAACUGGAGCGAGAACAGGAAAAACAGAGAGAAAUGGAGAAAGAAAGAAAGCAAGAAAAAGAGAAAGAACUAGAACGGCAGCAAGAAAAGGAAAAAGAACUGCAGAAGAUGAAAGAACAGGAAAAAGAAUGUGAGUUGGAGAAGAAAGAAAGGGAGAAAAUGGAGGAAAAAAUUGAACACAAAGAACCUACUUUAGAGCCUAUGGUAGAAAAACCAGAAAGUGAAAACAGCUGUAACAAAGAAGAUGACCCAGUUUUCAGUAGACGAGAUAGCAAUCGCAGUGAAAAAGAGACCACACAAGCAGCACAUGAAACAGAACCAGAAUCAGGGUCUCAGCCUCGGCCUGCUAUAUUAUCUGGCUAUUUUAAACAGUUUCAGAAGUCUUUACCACCACGAUUCCAGCGGCAGCAGGAACAGAUGAAACAGCAGCAGUGGCAGCAGCAGCAGCAGCAAGGUGUACUUCCACAAACGGUUCCUUCACAGCAGCCAUCCAGUGGUGCUGUCCCUCCACCGCCACACAGACCUCUUUACCAGGCCAUGCAGCCUCACCCUCAGCAUUUGGCUUCUAUGGGUUUUGAUCCAAGGUGGCUCAUGAUGCAGUCAUACAUGGAUCCGCGAAUGAUAUCAGGUCGACCUGCUAUGGAUAUUCCAUCCAUUCAUCCUGGAAUGAUUCCUCCUAAGCCAUUAAUGAGAAGAGACCAGAUGGAAGGGUCACCGAGCAGCUCUGAGUCAUUUGAGCAUAUAGCUCGCUCUGCAAGAGAUCAUGCAAUUUCCCUCUCUGAGCCUCGUAUGAUGUGGGGGUCAGAUCCCUAUCCUCAUACUGAGCCUCAGCAGGCCACCACUCCCAAGGCAACAGAAGAACCUGAGGAUAUAAGGCCUGAAGCCCCAUUGGAUCAGGAACAGAUAACUGCUGCUUAUCCAGUAGAACAUAGUCAGUUAGAGGCUCAUCCAAAAGCAGACUUUGUCAGAGAAUCAAGUGAGACAGAAGUACAGAAGUUUUUAAGCAGAUCAGUGGAAGACAUUAGACCUCAUCAUACUGACACAAAUAAUCAGCCUGCUUGUUUUGACGUACCUGAUCAAAAGACUGUAUCCACUCAAGAAGAGCGAAUUUCAGCUGGAGAAAGUCAGCCUGCCCGGAAAAGAAGUGUGUCCCAUGGAUCUAACCAUACUCAGAAAUCAGAGGAGCAGAGAAAUGAGCCAUCUGCAAGCAUUCCUAAAGUAACUAGCAGAUGCAUUGAUUCAAAAGAACCAGCAGAAAGACCAGAGGAAAAACCAAAAAAAGAGGGCUUUAUACGAUCUUCUGAAGGACCAAAACCUGAAAAACUGUAUAAAUCUAAAUCGGAAACUCGUUGGGGCCCAAGGCCUAGCUCCAGCAGAAGAGAUGAAGGUAAUGAUAGGCCUGUGAGAAGAUCAGGUCCUAUUAAAAAACCUAUACUUAGAGAUAUGAAAGAAGAACGAGAACAAAGGAAGGAGAAAGAAGGAGAAAAGGGAGAAAAGGUCACCGAAAAAAUGGCAAAACCUGAAAAGACAGAAAAGAAAGAGCCUCUUCCUCCACCCCCACCACCUGUGGCACCGCUUCAGCCACAGUCAGUUCCACUGCCACCUCAACCAGAACCAGAGAAAUUUCCUUCAGUAGAAACUUCACCUUCAACUUUGGUGCAAAAGCCACCUCAGGAUACCGAGAAGCCUUUGGAACCUGUAAGUAGUGUUGAGGUAGAGCCUGCAGCUAAAACUGUAAACCAGCAAACUGUCACAGCACCAACAGUCAAGGAAGAAAAGCAACCUGAGAAAGUCAUCAGCAAAGACCUUGUUACAGAGAGGUCUCGACCAGAUUUAAGACCAACAGCUAAGAAAGAAUCAACUUUACCCCCUAGGGCCUAUUGGAAAGAAGCUAGAGAUAGAGAUUGGUUUCCAGAUCAAGGGUACAGAGGUCGAGGCCGAGGUGAAUAUUACUCCAGAGGGCGAAGCUAUAGAGGCUCUUAUGGAGGGCGUGGCCGGGGUGGUAGAGGGCAUGCUCGAGACUAUCCUCAGUAUAGAGACAGUAAGCCACGAGCAGAGCAUGUGCCCCCAGGGCCCCUCAGACAGCGAGAAGAAAGUGAAACACGAAGUGAGAGCUCUGAUUUUGAAGUAGUUCCCAAAAGAAGAAGACAGCGAGGUUCAGAGACUGACACAGACAGUGAAAUUCAUGAAAGUGCAAGUGACAAGGAUAGUUUAAGCAAAGGUAAACUGCCCAAAAGAGAGGAACGGUCUGAAAACAAAAAACCUGUAAAGCCUCCAUCUUCUCUCAAGCCUGAAAAUCAUGUCCGAAUAGAUAGUAGACCUCUAGAAAAACCUUUUGUAAGGGAUGAUGAUAAAUCUAAACCAGGCUUCCUCCCUAAAGGAGAGCCUACAAGGCGAGGCAGAGGGGGAACAUUCAGACGUGGUGGAAGGGAUCCUGGAGGUCGCCCGUCACGCCCUUCCACUUUACGAAGACCUGCUUAUCGGGACAAUCAGUGGAACCCAAGGCAGGCAGAAGCUCCUAAACCAGAUGAAGGAGAGCCACCAAGAAGACAUGAGCAGUUUAUUCCUAUGCCAGCAGAUAAACGGCCUCCAAAAUUUGAGCGAAAAUUUGACCCAGCUAGAGAGAGGCCCCGAAGGCAGCGUCCUACCCGACCACCGAGGCAAGAUAAACCUCCCCGAUUUAGACGGCUAAGAGAGAGGGAGGCUGCUUCAAAAACCAAUGAGGUGGCAGUGCCCACAGAUGGCACAGUUAGUAAUGUGGUUCAAGAACCAGUUAAUACUGCUGGGGAUGUUUCUGGGAAUAAGACACCAGACUUAUCUAAUCAGAACUCUUCAGAUCAGGCAAACGAAGAAUGGGAAACAGCUUCUGAAAGCAGUGAUUUCAAUGAGAGGCGCGAAAGGGAUGAAAAAAAAAAUGCUGAUUUGAAUGCACAAGUGGUUAUAAAGGCUGGAGAGAAUGUUUUACCUCCAAAAAGGGAAAUAGCAAAGAGAAGUUUUUCUAGUCAGAGACCUGGCAUAGAUCGCCAGAAUCGGCGUGGCAACAAUGGUCCACCCAAAUCUGGAAGGACUUUCUCAGGCCCUAGGAAUGAAAGGAGAAGUGGCCCACCAUCAAAAAGUGGAAAGCGAGGGCCAUUUGAUGACCAGUCGGCAGGCACAGCUGGUGCUGAUCCUGUCAAUGGCAGCUCUGCACACCACCAGGAAGGAGCACCUAAUGGUACAGGACAAAAGAACUCCAAAGAUUCUACUGGGAAAAAAAGAGAAGAGCCCAAACCAGGCCCUAAAAAACCCAAAGAGAAAGUGGAUGCACUGUCACAGUUUGAUCUCAACAACUAUGCAAGUGUUGUUAUAAUUGAUGACCAUCCUGAAGUAACAGUAGUUGAAGACCCCCAGUCAAAUUUGAAUGAUGAUGGUUUUACUGAAGUUGUAUCCAAAAAACAACAGAAACGUUUACAGGAUGAAGAACGCCGAAAGAAGGAAGAACAAAUCAUACAGGUCUGGAAUAAAAAGAAUGCAAAUGAAAAAGGAAGAAGUCAGACUUCUAAGCUCCCGCCAAGAUUUGCCAAAAAACAGGCUACGGGAACCCAGCAAGCACAGCUUCCAGCUUUGGCUCUAGCCUCAGCUCCAGGUCCAGGUUCAACCUCAGCUCCAGGUCCAGCCACAACCUCAGCUCCAGUUCCAGCCUCGACCCCAGCUCCAGUUCUAGCAUCACCCUCGGCUCCAGUUCCAGCCCCAGCUGCAGUCCCAGUCUUUACCUCCACCUCAGCUCCACUCCCAACCUUAGCCUUAGCCUCAGCCUCAGCUCCAGUUCCAGCCUCCACCUCAACUACAGCCACAGCCUCUUCUCCAGCUCCAGCUCCAACCCCAAUCCUUGCCUCCGCUUCCACCCCAGCCUCUGUCCCCAUCCUUGCCUCAGCCUCAAUUCCCAUCCUUGCUUCAGCUCUAUCACCAGCUUCAGCUCCACCUCCAGCCACCUCAGCCCCAGCUGCCCCCACCUCAGCCCCGACUGUCCCUGCCUCAAUCCCAGCCCCAGCCCCAGCCCCAACCCCUGCCCUAGUCCAAGUCUCAGUCCCAGCCCCUACUGCUCCAGCCCAGACUCAGGGACAGACUCACAAACCAGUCCAGAGUCCACUACAGACUACAACACAGUCUUCAAAACAGCCACCUCCUUCAAUUAGACUACCUUCAGCCCAGACACCUAAUGGCACAGAUUAUGUAGCCACAGGAAAACCCAUCCAGACCCCACAGUCACAUGGCACUCUUACAACUGAAUUAUGGGAUAACAAGGUGGCCCCACCAGCUGUGUUGAAUGACAUCUCUAAGAAAUUAGGUCCCAUUAGUCCACCACAGCCACCUUCAGUCAGUGCAUGGAAUAAGCCCCUAACAUCAUUUGGAUCAGCUACUUCAUCAGAGGGAACAAAGAAUAGUCAAGAAAGUGGAGUUGAAAUUGGAAUUGACACAAUUCAGUUUGGUGCUCCAGCUUCAAACGGGGCUGAAAAUGAAAUUGUUCCUGUGCUUUCGGAAAAAACUACUGACAAAAUAUCUGAACCUAAAGAGCAACGGCAGAAGCAGCCACGGGCAGGCCCUAUCAAAGCCCAGAAGCUUCCAGAUUUGAGUCCAGUAGAAAACAAAGAACAUAAACCUGGUCCUAUUGGAAAGGAACGUUCAUUAAAAAAUAGAAAAGUAAAAGAUGCCCAACAGGUGGAGCCAGAAGGACAAGAGAAAUCAAGCCCUGCUACAGUCAGAAGUACAGAUCCUGUGGCAACAAAGGAAACCAAAGCAGUUUCAGAAAUGUCUACUGAAAUAGGAACAAUGAUCUCAGUAUCAUCCCCAGAAUAUGGCACUAACGUGAAGGAGUCUGUAACAGACUAUACUACACCUUCUUCCUCUCUGCCUAACACUGUGGCUACUAAUAAUGCAAAGAUGGAGGAUUCUUUGGUUAAUAAUGUGCCCCUGCCCAGCACCCUCCCCCUCCCUAAGAGGGAGACUAUACAACAGAGCUCCAGCCUAACUUCAGUUCCUCCCACUACUUUCAGCCUCACCUUCAAGAUGGAGUCUGCACGUAAGGCAUGGGAAAAUUCUCCAAAUGUUAGGGAAAAGGGAUCUCCAGUAACUUCCACAGCACCUCCAAUCGCGAGUGGAGUCAGCAGUAGUGCCAGUGGACCAAGCACUGCUAAUUACAAUUCAUUCUCAAGUGCAUCGAUGCCUCAGAUUCCUGUUGCUUCAGUCACUCCCACAACUUCACUAUCAGGAGCUGGUACAUAUACUACCUCUUCUUUAAGUACAAAAUCUACAACCACGUCAGACCCUCCUAAUAUUUGUAAAGUGAAACCCCAACAAUUACAGACAAGCAGCCUGCCUUCUGCAAGUCAUUUUUCGCAGUUAAGCUGUAUGCCUUCCCUUAUUGCCCAGCAGCAACAGAGUCCACAAGUCUAUGUGUCUCAGUCUGCAGCAGCUCAAAUCCCAACUUUCUAUAUGGACACAAGUCAUUUAUUCAAUACCCAACAUGCACGAUUGGCUCCACCAUCCUUGGCUCAGCAACAAGGCUUCCAACCAGGUCUCUCUCAGCCAACUUCAGUUCAGCAGAUUCCAAUCCCUAUUUAUGCACCACUGCAAGGGCAGCAUCAAGCCCAGCUAAGUUUGGGUGCUGGACCUGCUGUUUCCCAGGCUCAGGAACUAUUCAGUUCUUCACUUCAACCAUAUAGAUCUCAGCCAGCCUUCAUGCAAAGCAGUCUAUCCCAGCCAUCAGUGGUACUUUCUGGUACUGCCAUCCACAACUUCCCAGCUGUCCAACACCAGGAACUUGCCAAGGCACAGUCGGGUCUUGCGUUUCAGCAAACUUCAAAUACUCAGCCUAUUCCUAUACUGUAUGAACAUCAGCUGGGCCAGGCAUCAGGACUAGGGGGUUCCCAACUGAUUGAUACACAUCUUCUCCAGGCUAGAGCGAAUCUUACCCAGGCUUCAAAUCUUUAUUCUGGACAAGUACAACAGCCUGGUCAGACAAAUUUUUAUAACACUGCCCAGUCACCAAGUGCUCUCCAGCAGGUAAACUAUGGCAUGGUUACAGUACCUUUACCAGCCUCCCAGCUUUCCUUGCCUAAUUUUGGAUCCACUGGGCAGCCUUUAAUUGCUUUGCCUCAGACUCUUCAGCCCCCAUUACAGCAUACCACCCCACAAGCACAGGCCCAGAGCAUGAGUCGUCCUGCACAAGUAAGCCAGCCUUUCAGGGGCUUAAUCCCUGCUGGAACACAGCAUAGCAUGAUCGCAACCACAGGAAAAAUGUCUGAAAUGGAACUAAAAGCCUUUGGAAGUGGCAUUGAUAUAAAACCAGGCACACCUCCAAUCAGCGGUAGAAGCACCACACCAACGUCUAGUCCUUUCCGGGCUACUUCCACAAGUCCGAACAGCCAGUCCAGCAAAAUGAACAGCAUUGUCUAUCAGAAGCAGUUCCAGUCAGCCCCUGCCACUGUGAGAAUGACACAACCUUUUCCUACACAGUUUGCACCCCAGAUUCUCUCUCAGCCUAACCUGGUCCCUCCAUUGGUAAGAGCCCCACAUACUAACACCUUCCCAGCGCCUGUUCAGAGGCCACCAAUGGCACUGGCCAGUCAGAUGCCUCCUCCGCUGACCACAGGCCUCAUGAGCCAUGCUCGUUUGCCACAUGUAGCCAGGGGUCCUUGUGGAUCACUAUCUGGAGUCAGAGGUAAUCAGGCCCAGGCUGCGUUGAAGGCUGAACAAGACAUGAAGGCAAAGCAGAGAGCAGAGGUUCUUCAGUCCACGCAGCGGUUCUUCUCUGAACAGCAACAGAACAAACAGAUAGGAGGCAAAGCCCAGAAAGUGGACAGUGAUUCAAGUAAACCUCCUGAAACACUGACCGACCCUCCUGGUGUCUGUCAGGAAAAAGUAGAAGAAAAGCCACCCCCUGCACCCACCAUAGCCACCAAACCUGUUAGAACUGGACCAAUCAAACCUCAGGCAAUCAAAACCGAAGAAACAAAAUCCUAAAGGCUGUGGGCUGUUGCAGGGGGUUGGGGGAAGGGAGAGGGGAAAGAGGGAGGAUGAAGUCAGAUAAUGCCAGCAGCCAAAGGGGUAAAAUGGUCUCUGACAUUAUCCUGUCCAGAGCUUGGAGGUGCACAAGGGACAUAGGAGCAAUUUACACUGACACACAGCUGCUGCACCAGUAAAAAUGAGGCUUUGCCAGCUUGCACCUACUAUAUAACAUGCACUCUGUUGAUGGCCAUACAUCUUCAGUCAAAUUUAUAUACGAAUACGUGCACACAUUCCUUGAGUGCACGUAAUUUAGAACUAAAAUCCUUACGGUUAGAUGAAACACCAGAAACGUGAGGGCAGUAACAUCACAGAGGAAUAGCUCAGCCUGGACAAUGCGAUGAUCCCAGCUAAGACAUCAGAUGUGGUUUCUUUGCUCCGUUAUGUUCUUUGGAUAUGGUUAUAGCAUUUAUAGGCUUGGUGGUGAAGAACGGAAGAUAACUGGUGCUGGAUAGAGGAGCCUUAUUUUUUAUUAUGGCAGCUUGCUAUUUUUGUAAUGUGGUGAUUGAGUUGAACACAAUCAAAAUACAGUAACUGAUCUCCCCUUCUUCCUGAAUGAGUGAGCAGAUGAUGAAAUAUUGACGUCAGCAUCCUUGAACAUAUCCAGGUGGGCAGUGUUUGGCUACUGCUUCUGUUUGAAAAGAUGCUGUGUUUUGGUUGUGGCCCAAAGGUUUGAUGUGCUACUUGGCUCUUCUUUCUUCCAUGGAACUCUUACCGUUCAGACACAACAGAGUUGGUCAAAUACUAGUUAGGUUGAAUCUUGCUUGCCUCUACUCAGUCAUUUGUAUGAAUCCAGUAGGUUUUUUUAAUUUUUUAAACGGUUUUUAGCUGAUGUUCAUGAAGAUCAGUGAGUACCUAGAACUGUGCCACUAAAGAAAGGAAAUCCUAUCUAAGAAGGUGCAUUUCUGUACCAGAGCUGUGUUAUAACCAUCCUUUGGGCCCUCUGCUGGAAAAGUAGAAUCAAGUCUCAAAUAAUGCCUUUUUCAUUAUAUCCUCUAGUAUUAUAGAUGUAGGACAGUACUGUAUCAUACCUCUGUGAAUGUAAAAUAUCUUGUACCUGCUUUAUGAUAUGUAGUAGUGACCGUGCUUUAUCAGACCUGUUUUUAAUGACGUUAUUCUAGAAUGUUUUCUUUCCAGAUGAUAAUUGAGAAGCUAAUAAAAAAAAAAUGGUGCCAGGUACCACAACAGUAACAGAAUUUGCUGUUUUCUGAGGUUUUGUUUUUUACUUUUUUUUUUUUUUUAAUGGAGUGCGCUGGAUGUCUCUAUAAUUUUGUUCAGAUGACUGCAGAACCUGGAAAAGCUGUUGCUGCUAUUGAUGCAUAACAUACUGCUAUUGGUCUUUUUAUAUAAAUAAAUAAAUCUAUCUAUAUAUAUAUACAUAUAUAUAUAAUUUGAAUUUUUGGAAACUUUAGCUGUGCUGUCAACUUUGGAGAAGUAUCCCAGUUGUACCGUGUUGGGUUGGCAUUGUACAGAAAUCAACAGCCAUAUUGGUCUAGAAACGUUAAACAUAAAUUUUUCCAUUUGUACAGGGGUAACGCACUGUAUUAAAUAUGUAAGGUCUUAUCUACAUGGGUUUGAUUACAGAAACUAAUAAAGUAUUCUCUAAAUAA